UAGUGGAGACAGGGAUGGCUGACUUGUGGAUGUUUGACGAGGCCAAAAGAAUCCAAAGAUUCACGGGAAUUGUCUCCUAGCAACCCGUGUUUGUGCUGGGAGCAUUGUGUUCGUUUUGAGGCCCAGGUUUUAAUGGCGAAAGGAUCUCAAAAUGAACAUUGAACUGCUCUCCGAUCGCCUGGCCGCAGCACACCUCGCAACGCACCAGAACCGAGAGCUGCACCGACAAGAGAGGAUCUUUAACUCUAAAGUUAGAACUCUUGGGGUUGAUCAAAUUGGAUUUCAGCACCAGGUGAAAGAAAAUGAGAAAAAAGGGGAAUCUGCAAAAGAUUCAUCGCACGCUUUUGCUGCAGACAUGUUGCAAAACGAUAAAGCCGCCUGCAUCCUGGAAGGCCGUCAGCGGAAGGAGGAGAGGCUUCUGGAGCAGGCCCUGGACGACUACCGACGCUGCUACCAGCAGCCCCAGCACCGCCGGGAGCAGGACCUGGGCCACCCUGAGCCCAUGGCGGCGCCGGGCCCCGCGGGGCUUCAGAAGACGCUCCCGGGUCUGUUGGGAGAGGACCCGGGGAGCGGGGAGCGGCUGCAGAGGCAGAAGGAGCAGCUCAGAGGCUGGUCUCAGCAGCAGCAGCAGGAGCGAGAAGCAGCCAGACACCAGCAGAAGCGAGCAGAUGAGCUUUAUAAUCAGAGCAGAAUAAGCGUGGACAGCAAAGCUCUUCAGCUUCAGGAGGUUGAGCAAGCAACUAGGAAGGCACUAGCUCAUGCUGAUAAAGACUUCAAUCUGGCCAAGGCAGCAGAGAACAGAGAGACGCAUCGCCGGGCCAGGGAGAAGACUGAGGAAGACAAACACCAAGCCGACGUCCUGAUGCUCCUCCAGGCUGACCGGGAGAUGGAGGCCUCUCAGGACACAGCUCUGCAGGCCUUCAGGCAGAGGAUCCACUUCAACCUGCACCAAGUGGAGGAGAAGACGAGGACUCGAUGGGAGAAGCAGCAGAAGGAGCAGCGGGAGGAGCAGCUUCGUGUGGACUUGGCGCGCUCGGCUGUGCUGCUGGAGAGACAGCAGAGCCGGACUCACAGGAUGCAGAGACAAGAGCUGGACCAGACCAACCAUCAGCUGGCCCACGCGCAGAGGCAGCAGAAAAAAGCCCUGGAGAAGGAAUGCUUUGGCGACUUUGAUGACAGCUACUUCUCCAAGUUCAAUACCAGCAGCCGAUAGGAUGACAUCUGCAAUGAUCCGGUCCAUUCAGCGAUUGUGUUGAAAUAACCAUGCUUCAAAAUACCUGCAAUUGCUGUUUUAACCUGGUCGUAUUAGGUUAAAUGUGUUAAUCUGCAAUGUGUGCAUUCAGUCGUUUAUUUUGGAAAUGUUUACUUCAUGGCCUAUAUUUUCCAAGAAAUGUACAUUUAAGAAAAAUCUAAAAUCUUUAUUCAACAUCUCAAAAGUACAAUUUCAUUCAAUUUCACAUGUUAAAAAAUGUGCAGUGUAGAACAAAUCACAGCAGUUGCAAAUCCUCUGGCAAAUUAGGGCAAGUGUAAAGAUAUUUCAAUUACUGCAUUAUUAAAAACCUCCAACAUGUCUUCAACGAAGCAGAGGUAGGCAUCAUUACAGCUAAAGUUGCACAGUUGUCACAGUAAACCCUGAGUAUGACACUCAGGGCUCUGACACUCAGGGCUCUGACACUCAGGGCUCUGACACUCAGGGCUCUGACACUCAGGACUUGGGUAAAUGUCAUCGUCAAUGACACUAACCCAUGUAAAUGUCAAUGGGGCGUCUAUGUACUUCUGUAUUUUAAACCAGUUUAUUUGACAGUCUACCUAAAGGUUUCUGGCUGAGCAGGUGUUACGUGCGGACAUGUCAGAGCUCUGCCUCCACUGUUGGGUUCAUUCUGUGUGCCCUGGUUACCCAAUGCACCUGAGGGGCACAGCCUCACCCAGAUACUGUAUUGUCAUGUUUGCCCUGUGCAGCCUCCUCCAGAUACCGUUUUAUUCUGUUUACUGUUCAUCCCUGAAGAUAAACAAAAAUUGUAUCAGACAAGUUUACAA